AUGUAUAUUGAUUUGGAUGGAAAUGAGGUUAUUCUUUCUGUUCCGACUUCCCAACAAACAGUGGGGUUUGAAAGUCUGCAGGUGACACCUAAACGAUGCCUCACUGCAAAGGCUGGAAAGAGCUUUCAGUACUUUCAAAUCGGUCCGUCGAGAAUCGCCCAAGAGGACUUCCUUUUAAGCAUCGACAUUCUGUCAGUGCAGAAUGUGACCAGUCUUCUUCUCACGAACACACCCUUGCCAGCGACUGGACUCUGUCCUUUCAAAGUUGCCCUGAACGUUCUCGGUGUCGACCUCGAAGGCUCCGAAUUUGGAGAUCCAGUCGCCGCUUCUUUUAGCGAAGAUCACUUUACAUUUAAGUUAAGGUGA